GUCACCUAUUGUUUGACACAACGGAUGUAUCAGUUCCCCAUAUGGGUCUGCUGUUUUGGAAUUUAGUGCCAUGAAAUCACAGGUUGCCGCUGGAUGGAGUAGACUAUUUCAUUAUUGCGUCCAACUAUUUCCCUUGGCACAUCAGAAAUUUGUGAAAUUACCCUCACUCGUCAUCCGUCGUGGAAACACGUACAUUUACUCACAAAUCCACAGAUAUGCUGCAACCACUCUCUUUAUGGGAUUCUAUCACGUUACCAGUCACAAAGCGUAUGCAUGGUCUCGAUUGAAUUAUCGGCAAUGGAAGGCACAUCUUGUUUAUGCAUAAAACUUUUCCAUCUGGAAUACUAUAUGAGUAAACCGCUGACAGAAAUCGACGUAAGUUACUCGGACCUCCGCGGUGCAUAUGCUUCAAAGGUUCCCAUUAUCCGGGUCUACGGCACCACUCCUUCCGGCCAGAAAGUUUGUGCCAACGUUCACGGAUACAUGCCUUAUUUCUACGUCACUGUUCCUUCCAAGUCUUCUGAUUACAUUAAUGAGGACUUCUUGCGUACAUUUUGCGUCAAUCUGGAAAAGUAUAUCCGACCCAAGGCUAAGUCCUUCGCUUUGGAUGAGAUCAUUGUUUACCACGCCAGCUUUGUCACGGGUCGCUCGAUCUAUGGGUUCACGGAUGAGGAUAGUGUUUUUCUAAAAGUUUACCUACUCGAUCCGUCGCUGUUGGUGGUGUGCGCAGAUGUACUUUCUUCUGGUUCUGUUCUAGAAAAACAUUUUCAACCCAUGGAGACUCACUUACCAUUUCUUUUGAAGUUCUGCAUCGAUUAUGAUCUUUAUGGGAUGAAUUUUAUGCAAGUAAAGCACUUCAAAGUUAGAAGCAACCAAGAUGUUUAUCUCGACGCCUUUAUCUCCACUGCGCCAGUUGAUAAUUAUUGCUUACCACAACUUCUGCCAAGAGAACAACUUUUACCUUCAGAUCUGGCCCCCAGAUACACAAGUACAGGAAUGGAGUUUGAUAUCGCCGCUUGCGAUAUUCUCAGUAAAGAUACAUCUCAAGAUCAUUUGGAUUGGAACCCCGGUCUGGACGAUCUCUGGUCGGAGGAGCGUUCCAGGCGGCUGAAUAAAUCGUGUGACUGUCCUCAACCCAACCUUCCUACUCCGGAUGAACUACUUCCACUAUCCCGUGAGUAUGUUCAUGACGUCACGGAAGAUGAGACAUUUCUUUUUAACCAGUGGAGUGAAAUUUGCCAGCAAUCGGUGACCCGGCCUGCUGCUAUUGACAGUAUUUCUUCGACUGUUUCUACAGACUCCGAGGAUAUCGUAUCACAGUGGUUACAACAAAGUCAGGAAGACGACAGGCGCAGCAAAACCUCUACUCCCUUACCACGAAAUGUUUACCUAUCACCUCAUAAUCGUCUGUCGGGCUCAAAUGGGUCUCACUUCUUAACUUCCACUCAGUCCGCGUUAACCGCUUCCGCUAUACAAAAGUUGCGAAAACUAGCUGCCAUCUCAGAAGAUGCCGACGCUUCAAUCCCAACCUCCAUUGACUGGGGUUUUCUGAAAAACACUACUGAGUGGAAGUCAUUGGAAAUCCUUUCAUCCACUCAGAAGCGUAGUUCUGCACAAAAGCAAGGAACAACGACAACGCCUAUGAUUCGGGACCCAAUGACGGCAUCUCCUACGUCCUCCCUUUAUUUGGAAUCCUGUGCUAUGAAACACCCUUACACUGCAGAUUCAGCUGACUCUGUCGCCGACGCUCUGUCGCAGGAUGAGGCUACCGUACUGGCCAACGCGACACAAUCAGCUAUCCAGCAUGUUCUUUCUCAGACCGCUGGUAUGGAUGGUGAGUCGAUGGACAAUUCAGUAGAUCUGCUGGAUGAAGCCGCACUCGUAGAGCUGACAGAUACAUGUAUCGAAAACCCGGAGGAUGAGUCCGAUGAUGGAUGGUCUGCUUCACCGCCUUUGAUGGACGAAUUGUGGGACCCAGUGGAAUCCAGAGGCCACAACGCAAAUGCUAAGCUUGAUGAGUCAGACCCCAGUGUUGAUUCUCAACCUUCUUUCCAGCAAUCCUUCUCCCAUGAUCUAGAACCCAUUGAUGAAUCACACGAAUCUACGCAUUCUCACAGAGGUUUGGAGCAAGAGGUAGAUGAGGAUAUUCCACCGGGUCUUUUCUCGCCUUGGUCUAGUCUGUCAAAUGCCAGUCGUCCACAAACGCCUAUUGAACCUUUUUCGCUUGACAAUGAUUUCCAACUAUCGCAGCCCCUUUUUGAUUCUACUGCUAUCGAGGAAUUUGUAGAUGCCAAUGUAGCUGAUCGCAUUCCUCAAUUGGAUGGUACCAACGAUGGACACUCCAAUGUCCAAGAUGCCAGUUGCACAGAGGCCAGGCUGCGUGUUCGUAGACGCCGACGGUUGGGACUACGUUUGAAAGCUCAUCUUCGUUCUCCGGAAAAUGAGGCGGUGCACUCGUGGAGUUCAGCCACAAGAUGCCAACUGGGGGCUACUUUCACUAGUGCGCAAUCUCAAGACGUUGACCACGUAGCCUUGAUUUCAACAGUGGAAUCCAGUACUCUGCGACAUUGUUCCCCAUCAGCAAUUGAGCUGGCCGACCAGAAACUUAUUUCGUCUCCGGUGGUGAUGCUACAGCGAGUUAAAGAGGAUCUAUCUCAGUUACCCUCCUCUCCAUCUUCCGUGGAUUUUGACAUCUCACAGCGUCCUUCACCCCGCGAUGAGUUUGAAGAUAAGUCUCGGUCAGCUAGUUCAACUGGACUAACGGAGAGUGGCCUAAGCGGAGUGUACUCAUUUUACGACGAGUCUCUCCCCAACACAGACAAUGAGGCAUCUUCCGGAGAAUCGCUUGGCAACUUGACUUUGUUUUCACAAAGCCAAUAUGUUCCGUCACCGCCACCUACGUCUCCCCCUGAACUUUUGCCGAUCCAGAUUCCGGUUCGAUGCGAACCACUGCAUUCCAUGCGCCCACUUCAUGCUCCACCACCUCUCAGUGAUGUUCUUCGUUGGCUGGAAGCUCGCAAGGACAGCGUCUACCCCAUAGGUCCUUCGAACAAGGUGUACAAGUCGUCACAGUCGCAGAUGUCCAUCAUCUCACCCAUUCCAGAUGAACUGGGCGCUAAUAUUGUGCGAACUUCACCCGGGGACCGCAGGCUUUCCUCGUCUUCUUCGUCCGAGUCCAUUGCCAAAAGGGAUUCGUCGUCCGUACUGGGGAAUUCAUCCAUACCUUCUGUGAGCGUCCUUUAUCAGGCCGCUAGUCAACGAUGUUUUCUACCUGUCCAGGUCGACCACACCACUGUGGUCAGCUUGGAGUUGCACUGCUGCAGCCGCUUGACCUCCGUUCCUUUUCGGAACUCCUCUCUCGAGCAGCACACAUCAUCGAAUCAGCCUCCUUCAUCAAACCCUACGGCUGACACCCACCCGAGCUAUGGCCUACUUCCAGACCCCUCGUUAGAUCCUGUGUGUUUAGCCUGUCUUUCCUUUCGCCAUCCCGUGUCAUACGAUGUCCAACGAAGCCGAUUCCGUGUCGACAGUUUUGUCUUGGUAAAUAGGACCGAAACCCCAGUAGCAGACGACUGUUCCGAAUCAUCCGUAUCACCCUUCUUGCUUGGUUUUACAAGCGCGUACUCGAGACCGGAUCCCAACGUUCUUUGUGGUCGCAUGCGAAGCACUCGUGCGAAACGGUAUCCGGUGCGUUUUAUCUGGUGUCGCGACGAAUGGCGUCUUUUCAACUGGUUGAUCUACUUUAUACAAAGUUUUGACCCAGAUAUCCUUCUCGGUUACGAUGUCGAGCGACACUCUUGGGGUUAUCUUGUCGAUCGAGCGAAAUAUCUCGGACGCUCUUCUUUCAUUCGUGAGCUAUCACGCCUUGCUCCAGAUAUCGUAAACUGCGCAUGUUGCAAGUUUUUCAUUGAGCAAUGUGGCACUUUUACGGAACAAACCUCCGUUUGGCACUUUGAUGAGUGUACUUUGUCCUGUGCCAACUACGAAGCCUGUACUUGUCCAUGCCGUUACCUAGGUAACGAUCCUGCCCAUCCUUCCGUGACGACGGUCUCAGCGUGCCAUAGGUCUUUCGGAUGGCCAUGCGGUCCAGGUGCUGCCAUCACAGGUGGACCAUUCCCUUGUCCUGGUCGCGUAAUCUUGUGUUUAUGGCGCGUGGUUAUGCCUGAGGUUAGUCUAUUUGAGUACAGUUUAGAGAGCGUUGUCCUGCACCUCCUCAAAGAGCCUGUGCCAGCAUUUUCUUGGGGCCAGCUGCACCAAUGGUUUAAAGCAUCUACCGGUACCAGUCGGUGGAGGACUGUGGAUUAUUGGAUUUACCGUUCUCAAGUCAACCUCCGGAUAGUGGAAGCUCUCGACCUCAUUGGUCGCACUAGCGAGUUUGCUCGCGUAUUUGGAAUUGAAUUUUUCCACGUGUUGUCCCGUGGAUCUCAGUAUCGAGUGGAGUCGAUGUUGGGUCGUACUGCUAGACGCGCGAAUUUUCUGUUGCCCAGUCCGAGCGUAGUUCAACGGGCGCACCAGAGAGCUCCUGAGGGGAUACCGUUGAACUUGGAGCCCGACAGCCGGCUAUACAUCGAUGGUCCAGUGGCCGUGCUGGAUUUUCAAUCGCUGUAUCCAUCCAUUGUGAUCGCGUACAAUUAUUGUUUCUCCACGGCUUUGGGACGAUUGAGCUGUUUGACUACGAGCGGUGGUAAUGCUUUCGCAUUUGGUUGCCUAACGCAUUCGAUUCCAACCGACCUGUUUCACCGUUUGGGCCCGAAUGUGAAUAUCUCUCCCAACGGCGUGGUUUUUGUCAAGGCGUGUGUUCGCGAAGGGAUCCUUCCACGCAUGCUAAGAAACCUGCUGACAACUCGCCUCAUGGUCAAGGAUUCGAUGAAGUUAUAUAAGGAUAGUCGAUCCCUAACCCGUCUGCUAGAUGCCCGACAGCUUGCCCUGAAGCUAAUGGCUAACGUGAUCUACGGUUACACUGCUGCUAAUUUUUCCGGACGAAUGCCGUGUGUAGAGGUUGGAGACAGCAUCUUGCACAAAGCUCGUGAGACGCUGGAACGAGCCAUUGACUUGGUCGAGGCCGGUCAAAUUAUCUUACCGGCCUCGUGUGCCGGUCGCACCAAACCGCGCGUCGUGUACGGGGACACGGAUAGUCUGUUCGUUCAUCUACCUGGGUGCGGAAAGACAGAAGCAUUCGAUGCAGCUGCGGCCAUCGCAGAGGCCAUCACGUCACGUAACCCCGCACCAAUCAAGUUGAAGGUGGAGAAGAUCUACUACCCAUGCCUGCUGGAGGCGAAAAAGCGCUACGUUGGCUAUGCCUAUGAGUCAGUCACUCAAACGGAGCCGACAUUCGACGCCAAGGGGAUUGAGACUGUUCGACGUGAUAGCUGUCCGUUCGUUGGAAACGUACUUGAAGAAACCCUUCGGCUGUUGUUUGACCACUUCACUCUACCAGAAUCGGUUGGUCUUCAGGGUGAAACAGCAUACGCCCACAUAGAGCAGUGCCGACAGAUCGCUGAGGUCAAGGUGCGCCAGUCGAUCCACCAGUUCGCGCACGAUCUUGCGCACGGACGGAUCUCUUUCGCUGAUUGCAUUCUGACCCGCCCCUACCGUGGUAUGGCAUCGUAUCGUUCAUCCUCUUUCGCUCCAGCGUUACAAGUAGCGCGUCGAUUGCUUGCUUUGGAUCCCCGAGCGGAACCGCUUGUCAAUGAGCGCGUGGUGUACUUUCUCGCUCCCGGACGAUUGAAUCAAACCCUGAUCUCGCGGGUUCGUGCGCUUCCAGAACUCUAUCCGCCUGUUGUCAUCUCCUCACCCAUUACAGCAACCCGUCGAGCUUUACCGCCGCGUUUACAUCUUGGUUAUUACCUGGACAAACAGCUCAUCCCGCCUUUGGCACGAAUGGCUCAGCUAAUCGGCUGGAACGUUCCUCUAUGGCUGAACGAUGUACCGCGAUAUCGAAACUUCAGCCAUCAAUACAAGAUUGCUUCUAUCUCAUCGCGGGAAUCCCAACCUCCUUUCCCACUCUCAUUGAAUCAUCUUGGUAGUUUCGGGUCUUCGUCCCCUAUGUGCAGCCAAUCUUCGGUCAUCCCUAGACGAGGCACGAUCCUCACUUACAAAUAUCGACGACGACAAUCUGCUUUACUGCGUGCCUUCCUCGGACAGCCAGUACGCAUUUGCCACAGCUGCGAGACUGUUGUUCAGCCUGCCUCCAUCGGUGAUGCCUUCGGGCACUGUCUGUCUUGUGUGCAACACCACUCUGGACUUUCGUCCAUUGGGGCUAUCCGAUUGGGCACUCAGCUUAAUCGAACGAAUGCAGAGCUCACUAUGGCUGAACGUAUUUGCACUGGUUGUCUUGGAAAUCGAGGUAGUCAGUGCGACGCAGUUUGGUUGUGCAUCAACACCCAAUGCCCGGUGCACAGUUGCCGCCUUCGAGCCACUGCGAGUCUAGCACAAUUCUGGGCUUUGAAUGCACACCAACUGUCCAACUUGGACAGCCUCCUCUCCUGGUAGCCUGACCGAGCGCUUAUGUUUCGCACUCUUUACCUUUCUUUUCGCCUCUGUCUUUCUCAUGAUCAUGCAUCCUGAUUUCUCAUACUAGAUAUACGGUUUACCGGUAUUGCUUCGUUUCUCUUCUGGCAUUCACACAACUCCUUCUUUUCAUCAUUAUGGCUACAAUGUGCUUGAUGCUUCGAUCGUUUCUUUUUGCAUGGAAUCAAUCAGUUCUUCAUAAUGUCUUAAGCUUCGCUGCACCCUGACGCUCCAUCCCAUUGGAAAAAGAUGUGAGGUCUAUUUAUACGUGUUCCCAUUCCGAAAUAUUCUUACCUUCACACGCUGCAUGCUUAUACUUUGACCCCGAUUUCAUUUUCGGAUAACUGACUCUCCUCUUUGAGAUGUGUUCUUCUAUCUACCGAUUCAGCAUUGGUAUUCCACAUUUGGACGUCGGUCUAUCCCUGUCCAUCAUAGGUUGAACGAGUCUCCAAGGUCCAUGGCUCGUGAAAAAUACGUCGUCCGGUGUACCCUUUUUAUCUGUAUGUUAUAAAGUCGUUUAUCUGGACAUUAUCUUUGUAAUGUGACUAUCCAGAAUCAGAUUGCUUUAUCUUCCUGAUUUACUUCCGCUCAGCUGCCAUGCUUACACAACAGUCUUUAUUUUCUCCCAUUCCUUCCCACAACACUCGCUUUGUAGCAGUUUAUGGACCAAACUGAUUCCUACUUAUCUCCAAGGAGCCACUCAUGCACCUACCAUUUAGGGACGAUUCUUUAGCCGAUAUCCUAUCCCGACGCCUGAAAGAUGUUGUUCAGAAGACUUUUGUGGCCCACUUGAGAAUGGCUUAUUACAACUGGCCAUUGCUUGCGAAACCCUUGAAAUAUUGAC